AUCAGCUAAAAAGAGCAAGAAGCAAGAAAAGACACAAAAAAAGCUAGUGAGUACAAUUUGGCUUUUGUAAUAAGCUCUAGAGCUCUCGAAAGCUAAAUUGAAUUACUAGAAAAAUGCCGAUUUCUCAAAUUGCUAUUGGUAGCCCUGCCGAGUUUGGCCAAGCUGAUUCUCUAAAAGCAGCUCUUGCUGAGUUCAUCUCAGUUCUCAUUUUUGUUUUUGCCGGUGAAGGCUCUGGCAUGGCUUUCAACAAGCUCACUGAUGAUGGGUCAACAACACCGGCUGGACUUGUAGCUGCAGCCCUAGCUCAUGCCUUUGCACUGUUCGUGGCAGUUGCAAUUGGAGCAAACAUUUCCGGUGGUCAUGUGAACCCUGCUGUUACAUUUGGUGCCUUCCUUGGCGGCCACAUCUCACUCAUCAGGGGUAUUUUGUACUGGAUCGCCCAGCUCCUUGGCUCCGUCGUUGCUUGCUUGCUCCUUAAGUUUUCAACCGGUGGAUUGACAACAUCCGCAUUCUCUCUAUCGUCUGAUGUGACUGUAUGGAAUGCCGUAGUGUUUGAGAUCGUGAUGACUUUUGGAUUGGUGUACACCGUGUAUGCCACAGCCGUGGACCCAAAGAAAGGAAACAUUGGAAUUAUUGCACCCAUUGCAAUUGGUUUCAUUGUGGGUGCCAAUAUCUUAGUUGGUGGUGCCUUUGAUGGUGCAUCCAUGAACCCAGCAGUCUCCUUUGGCCCUGCUGUGGUCAGUUGGUCGUGGGACAACCACUGGGUCUACUGGGUUGGUCCACUCAUUGGCUCCGCCAUCGCCGCCCUCAUUUACGAGUUCAUCUUCAUCAGCCCAAACACCCAUGAACCUCUCCCAUCUACAGAUUUCUGAAAAACAAGAUCUCUUUCUCUCUCACUCUUUUGUUGAAGUUAUGGGAAUGGAUUGAAAGUUUGGUGGUUUUCUUUUGGUUUCAGUAUCAUGUUGUUUGUAUCUUCCUGUUGCCAAUUGUUGAUUUCUGUGAACUAUGUCUUGUAUUGCAGCAAUCGUUUUGAAAAGUAAUGUUCAUUUGUGCUUAGAAUC